AUGGCACGCUACACGAGUGAGACUUCGCCUUGGAAGAAGCGCAUUCUGCUGCCGAUUUGGAUCCUCCGCGAUGGCCUCACAUUAAUCAUCAUCGCCCUCUACGCCUUCACGCUUUCGGUCUUGGUAUCGGACCCGAACGACAAGCUGGAUGAAGAUUUUGAUGACAGUACGAUCAACGCGGCAAAGAUCGUCGUCGCCGUUUUCAUGACCGCAUUCGCCGUUUCCCUCCUCCUCGACGUUUGGUGCAUGAUCCAAUACAUUCGCCACUCUUUGAGCCCGCGCACCUUCCUGAUCAUCAACACGCUGCAAACUCUCUUCUGGGUCGCCAUCGUGGUCCUGCAAAUUGUCGGCAACGCUUCGUACGGCCGCGCCUACGUCAGCAUCUUCGGCAUCGCCGCAUUCCUCCUCUAUCUCAGCCUCUUCAUCUACUCCGUCACCGUCUUCCGCCGCGACCGCCAGCUGCGCGCCUCCAAGUCGGGCCACUACGCGCCCACCGCCAACCCGACCAACAACAACUUGUCGGCGCAGGAGUACGGCCAGGCGAACUACGGCCAGGCAACCUACGGCCAGGCAACCUAUGGCCAGACCAGCUACGGCGGCCCGUACGGCGACAGGUCGUCCUUCGCGCCGAGCGCCGACGAGGAGCUCAAGCCCGUGCAGAAUGCGCAGUACCGCUAA